UGGACAGAUCAGAAGCAUCCAAAAAACCCUAAGUUUCUUAACAUUUCCACUUCUCAUCAUCCAUUUUCCCAAGAAAAUCGAACCAAAGUUUCUCUCUUUCCUCAUUUGGUCCGAAAUCAAGAUUUGUCCAAUUCUCGAGAUCUUUUUAGAGCUCUCUCACUAAAAGUUCGUUCCUUCGUCACUUAAACCUCGAAAACCAAACCUCUGCCCUGACCAUCUCCUCAAAUCCCACGUGGAUUCGAUCGAAUCAGAGUUUGCAAAACGGUGGUUGCAAUCUCGUGUCGUGUCUUUCUUGGUAGUAGAAGCCUGUCUUUAAAUUCGAGUCAAUGAUAGUUCCUCCGAGUUCGGAUAAUGGCGACCGUACGCUCGAGGGCUCGGCUCGUCAACUCGCCCUCGUCUCGGCUCCGGGCUCAGCGAAUCACGGCGGCAAGAAAAACGGGGGCGAGAAGGCGAAACGAAUCAGAGACUCGAGCAAGCACCCCGUUUUCCGGGGUGUCCGAAUGAGGACAUGGGGUAAGUGGGUCUCCGAGAUCCGCGAGCCGCGGAAGAAGUCAAGAAUCUGGCUCGGGACUUUUCCGACGCCGGAGAUGGCGGCGCGUGCGCACGACGCGGCGGCGAUGAGCAUAAAGGGAGCCUCCGCCGUGCUAAACUUUCCGGGCCUCGCGGGAACGUUUCCCCGGCCCGUUUCGCUAAACCCGCGCGACGUUCAAGCCGCGGCUCUAAAGGCCGCUCACAUGGAAACGACGACGUCGUUUUCGACUUCGCCGACUUCGUUAUCGUCCGGAACGGCGUCGUUUUCGUCUUCGCAGUCGUCUUCUUCGUUGGAGUCUCUUGUUUCGGCGAUGGAACUUUCCUCGUCGUCUUCGCGAACUGAGUCGGAGGAACUCGGUGAAAUUGUGGAGCUGCCGAUUCUUGGACCCAGUUAUGAUGGGUCUGCACAACUCGGCGGCGAGUUCGUGUUCUCUGACUCGGUGGAUUUCUGGGUUUAUCCUCCGCCAUGGAUGCAGAACUCGGAGCUGGAAGAUUACGGGCACGUUAAUGGCGGCACGUUCUUGAACCCUAGCUUCGACGGAGGCCUGUCAUCAUGGAAUCUGUAAUGUCGUUGUAAAUUAUUAUCGUAAUAACGUGAAAAAAUAAUAAUUGUAUCAUUAUUGUUGAUAAUGCGCUUAAUCACUUUUCUCAAGUCCCUUGGUUAUUUGUGGUUAUGUUGGACAAGUUUUUUUUUUUUU